ACUGCAAAGAUUAAAUUGAGCCACACCUAGAUCUAGGCACAACCACACCUGUUUUUUUGAUAGAGGAUGCCACUCAAACUAUCAGCCAACUUGGGCUUCCUUUUUCAGGACAAGCCACUUUUGGAAAGAUUUGAAGCAGCAGCAAAAUGUGGUUUCAAAGCAGUUGAAUGCACUAAUGACAUAUACGAGGUAGAUAAAGAUGUACUGGUACAAGCAAAAGAGAAAGCAAACGUCAAAGUGAUCCUCAUAAACAUGCCAAAAAAAGUGACAGCUCUACCCGGUAAGGAAAGUGAAUUUAAAGAGUCGCUCGAUUUGGCUAUUGACUAUGCUACAGCACUGGACUGUCCAAGGAUUCAUCUUAGCCCUGGCUCUCUCUCUACUCCUAUGGAUUGGUCUAAUCCAGAAUGGCAAGCAGCUCGAUCUACAUACCUUUCAAACGUGUCAUAUGCUGCAGAUCUUUGCUCUCCUAAAGGUAUCAUUCUGACACUUGAACCUCUCAGUACAAUACCUAAUGUCUUCUUACAGUAUCAGCAACAAGCUGCAGAUUACAUCAGAGAAUUAAAGAAAGACAAUGUCAAGUUACAAUUUGAUUUUUAUCAUGCUCAAAGGAAUGGUGGAAAUCUCUGCGAGUUUCUAGAAAAGAACAUUGAUAUAGUAGGUCACGUUCAGAUAUCUCAAGUUCCUGGCAGACAUGAGCCGGACUUGGAGGGUGAGAUAAACUGUCCAUUUGUAUUCAAAACUCUGGAAAGACUCAGAUUCGAUGGCUGGAUGGGAGCCGAAUACACGCCCAGAAGCACCAUUGAAGAAGGAUUAGAUUGGGCUAAAGAAUACAUCAAUAACAGCUAAGAAAUGACUGGUUCUGCAUUAAGCUGCUCCUGAGACUAAUAUCUAGUUUUAAUUAUAACAAAAAUCUACAAAACACACACAAUAGCACACAAAAGUGCUAUUAUAACAACAAUAAUAAUAAUAAAUUAAUAAUAAUAAUAUCAGUUGGUAUGAUGUUUCCUAUGACAGCAAAA